GCAAUUUGGGCAUUUUGUAAACGGUGUGGGAAGCUGACACCGACUCCAGUUCAUCCGUAAUCAGUAUUCUUCCAGUUCAUCCGUAAUCGGUAUAAUCAAUUUAAAAAAAGGAACAAGGCUGCUCACUUGCCACAGAAGACAGUGGUGAACUAAACGCACCAGGUCCCCCUGUUCAUGGCGCUUACAUUAAAUUAUCAAAUGAAUGAGUGAGUGGUCAGCCAAACAAACAGAAAGUGCUUUGCAGAGAAUUAACCUAAGCUGAUGUGAUGUAGAAUGGCUAAGAGGCUGUCAUUUAAGCUGAAUUUUAUUGACAAGCAUGUUUUUGGCCCGGGGGAGACUGUGCACCCUUGGCAGUAGACCUCAAUUCCUGAAGACAAUUUGUGCUUCAAAAAUCCUUGGACUCUCUACUUCUGCUAAAAUGUCUUUGAAAUUCAAAAAUGCAAAACGAAUUGAAGGCCUUGAUAGCAAUGUGUGGAUUGAAUUUACCAAGUUGGCUGCAGACCCCUCUGUUGUGAAUCUUGGCCAAGGCCUUCCAGAUAUAUCCCCUCCUGUAUAUGUAAAGGAAGAAUUAUCAAAGAUUGCAGCAAUUGAUAGUCUGAAUCAGUACACACGGGGCUUUGGUCAUCCAUCACUUGUGAAAGCUCUGUCCUGCCUAUAUGAAAAGUUUUAUCAAAAUCAAAUAAAUCCAAAUAAAGAAAUCCUCGUGACAGUAGGAGCAUACGGAUCUCUUUUUAAUGCCAUUCAAGGAUUAAUUGAUGAGGGAGAUGAAGUCAUAGUGAUAGUGCCUUUCUAUGACUGCUAUGAGCCCAUGGUGAGAAUGGCUGGAGCAAUACCUGUUUUUAUUCCCCUGAGAUCUAAACUUGUUGAUGGGAAAAAAUGGUCUAGUUCUGACUGGACAUUAGAUCCUCAAGAACUGGCAAGCAAAUUUAAUUCCAAAACCAAAGCUAUAAUACUAAAUACUCCGCAUAACCCCCUUGGCAAGGUGUAUACCAAAGAGGAACUCCAAGUAAUUGCUGACCUUUGCAUCAAAUAUGACACACUCUGCAUCAGUGAUGAGGUUUAUGAAUGGCUUGUGUAUACUGGAAAUAAGCAUUUUAAAAUAGCCACUUUUCCAGGUAUGUGGGAGAGAACAAUAACGAUAGGAAGUGCUGGAAAGACUUUCAGUGUCACUGGCUGGAAGCUUGGCUGGUCCAUUGGUCCUAAACAUUUGAUAAAACAUUUACAGACAGUUCAACAAAAUACCGUUUAUACUUGUGCGACUCCUUUACAGGAAGCUUUGGCUCAAGCUCUUUGGAUUGACAUCAAGCGCAUGGAUGACCCAGAAUGCUACUUUAAUUCUUUGCCAAAAGAGUUAGAAGUGAAAAGAAAUCGCAUGGUACAUUUACUUGAAAGUGUUGGCCUAAAACCCAUAGUUCCUGAUGGGGGAUACUUCAUCAUUGCUGAUGUGUCUUUGCUAGAUACAGACCUUUCUGAUAUGAAGAACAGCAAUGAACCUUAUGACUAUAAAUUUGUAAAAUGGAUGACUAAAAAUAAGAAAUUGUCAGCCAUCCCAGUUUCAGCAUUCUGUAAUGCAGAGACCAAAUUACAGUUUGAGAAAUUUGUGCGAUUUUGCUUCAUUAAAAAAGACAGUACACUGGAUGCUGCUGAAGAAAUCAUCAAGGCAUGGAGUAGACAGAAGUUUUGAUACAUGCAAACUGCAUUGUUUCUAUUAAAUGACCUAGUAUGGAAUUAUUUAGUACUGCUACUUGCCGGGUAUUGAAAAAAAAAUUUCAGUACAAAUGAAAUUUAAAGGACUAUUUCCAUUGUUAAUCCCACUCCUGACAAUAUUCAGGAGAUCUGAUUUUUUUUUCAGCUAAAAUGUAUUAAAACACCUUUUAGACCAUUUUAUGAGUCAGUAUAGUGCAGUGGUAAGAACUAUGAGAUGCUGGUUGAUGCUUAACCUCUCUGUGCUUCAGUUUCCUCAUAAAAGGGGAAUAAAAAUAGCACCUACUUUA